AUGCCGUUUAAGGCCUCCACUUAUUUCGAACAACAAAAACCUCACUUAUUUCAGCAGGAGGAUUUAUUAAAAAAAUAUGGACAUGUUUCGCCUACGCCCACAUUACAGAUGGCUGAAGUAUCUUCGACUGAAAAAGUUCAUGCUACGAGGCUUCAAUAUUUAAAGUCAAUAAAUGAAGCUUCUUCCAGUAACAACAAAGAUUCUAUCGAUGAAUUCAAUAAAAGUAUUGACGAAGAUAUAAUAUCAUCUACUAUUAGAGAAUCAGAUUCUUGCGAAGAUAACGAUAGUGGCGAAGAGUAUAAUCCAAAGCCAGAUCAAGAGUGUGAUUCAGACUCAAGCAGUUCAGAUCCGGAAGAUAUUGAUCUGCAUGAGCACGAGGAGACUUAUUUAAAUGCACAACAUAAUCUGUAUAACAAUGAUAAAAUUAACACGAGUGAAGAUAAAAUGGAUGAAACUGCUGCAGCUUUGGACUCUCCUGUAAAAGUAAUUACCAAGAAGGGUAAUUUGAUAGCAACAAAAAAAAAGCGCAUCUGGAAUAAAAGAGAUCAUUGUUACUUCUGUUACGAAGAUGUAACCAAAUUUUCUCGACAUGUUGUAAGGCAUCAUCAAAAUGAAACCAAGGUACAAGAAAUACUAGCCCUAAAAAAAGGCGACAAAAGAAGAAAAAACCUUUUUAAUAAGCUUAGGAAUGAAGGCAAUUUCAUGAAAAGCACUUGUGGAGAAAAUAUUGUGCCUAUAAGAAAGCCAGUUGGAAAUAUAGCACAACCAACUCAAUCGACUUACCUUCCGUGCAAAUACUGCAAAGGAUUUUAUAAAAAAGAGGCUCUCUAUCGACAUGUAAAAAAAUGUGUUCAUAAUGAUGGUCCUGAAACUGGAAGGACUCUUGCUCAGUCUGAAGGGCAAUCUCUUCUUUCAACAUAUAAAUUUAGUGAUACACUGAGGAAAGAAGUUUUUCCCAAAAUGAGAGCAGACAAUGUUUCUUUUGUCGCAAAAACUGAUCCUCUCAUUUGUGCAGUGGCAGCAAGAUAUCUGAAAAGCCAUAGAGAUAAACAGUUUUACUUAGUCGCCUCUCGUAAAAUGAGACAGCUCGCCUCCUUGUUAAUUGAAAUUAAAAAAAAGAUUAAAGUUAAAUGCUUGCUAGAAGCGCUAGAUCCGACCUAUUAUGACCAUAUUGUGGCAUCUACAAAGGCAAUAGCUAGAUUUGAUUCCGAGGCGGAAACGUAUGGUGCACCAUCCUUGGCAUCCAAUAUGGGAACACAACUGAAGGAAUGCAUUGAUGUGGCUUGUAAUAUGUUACUCAAAAAAUUUCGGACCGAAACCGAAUCGAUGCAGAAUCUCAAAGCGUUAAAAGAUCUAAUUUCAAGUGAAUGGCAAUACGAUGUGUCAACGAUCGCUAAUCAUGAUCUGAGCCAAAAAAAGUGGAAUAAACCAUCGCUUAUACCGCUAGCAGAAGACUUGACCUUGCUUAGGUCGUAUUUACUUUCUGAGGCCGAAAAAUGCCGCAAUGCUCUGGAAACAAAUCCGAGGGAUGAGAAGGCAUUCAAAAUCCUCCAAGAAAUUUGUUACAUUCAACUACUUCUCUUAAAUAGGAGAAGAGCCGGCGAGUUGCAAAGAAUCACUCUUCACACAUACACCACUCACAUAAAUAAUGAUUAUAAGUCAAGCGAAUUUGAUAACUGCAUAAGCGAGAAUGAAAAAAUAUUAAUGAAAUCUUUCAAGAGAAUAGUUAUUAAAGGAAAAAGAGGGCGCGGUGUCCCAGUAUUGUUUACCGAGGAAAUGGUUAAAAAUACCGACAUUUUAUUGAAAAAUCGAGAUCAAUUUAUGAAACAAAACAAUAUUUUCCUAUUUGGAAAUAUAAAAUCAUCCAGCUGCAUUAGUGGUACACAAGUUAUGUAUAAACACGUAAGAGUUGCGGGUGUUAAAAAUGCUGCUGCACUUACGUCUACUAAAUUAAGGAAACAUCUUGCAACCAUGUCUCAAGUUAUUAAUCUCUCUGAACAGGAUUUGGAACAACUAGCCAUUUUUAUGGGACAUACGUCUGACAUACAUAAGACGUAUUACAGGCUACCGAAUGAUGUCUAUCAAAUGGCUAAAGUAUCUAAACUACUUCUUCUUAAUGAAAGGGGAGAAGCAGCGAAGUUUAAAGGAAAGCGACUGGAUGAAAUAGAUAUAAACCUCGAUCCUAUUGAAGAGGAGCCAUCCGAAGACGAAAAUGAAGACUCGGAAGGAAUGGCAGAGUAUAGUUUUUCCAGCAAUUCCAACGAAAAAAUAAAUGAACCUAGUACGAGUAACACACAGAUGACAGCAACAGAUUGUUCAGUGAUGGAAAAAGCAGCAAGAGGUAAAAAGCGUAUUUUGGAGCCAUGGAAAGAAACUCAGAAAAAAAUGGCACUUUCUUACUUCAAAGAUCACUUAAAAAGAAAAAUUGCUCCAAAGAAAAAUGAAUGUAUGAUGUUAAAAGAAGAGCAUGCAGAAACUUUUUCGAACAAAAGUUGGGAAAAAAUUAAAAUUUUCAUUGUAAAUACUUACACAAAAAUGUAA